CACUCUGAAAGAGUAUUUUUCAGAGAGGAGGAUCUGGUCGCCGCAGCGAGGGGUGGUGAUAUCUAAGGUGCUAUGGCCACCCCCUGACUGGCUGACGGUCGCAGUUAGCGCGCUGUCACGACGGAGCACAUUCUGAGUUUAGGGCUCAGAUUUUAUUUUUGGACUGCCAUGGAGACUGGCCCUUCCAUUUGUAGGAAGGGGGUAUAGUUGCGCUCAACAUGAGCCUUCCGCUCUGAAACUCCGGGCUGGGACAAGCAGGCAGCAGCCGGCCGACCCCCAAGCAGCAGUCACACAGGGGACUCCCCUGUCCAGCGUGUUUGUCAACGGUAGUAAGCAUUACCUGGGGGUUAAACUGCUCAUGGCUGCCAGUUAUAGCAAUGUCCCUGAACCAGGCCUGCUGUCCCAGCAGUACCCUCCAGCUCUACUGCCCAAGCCUGGCAAGGAAAAUGUUAGACUCCAGAAACUACUCAAGAAAACGGAGAAAAAAAUAAAGAAAAAAGCUUCCCCUGAAAUGGCAAAGACACCGGUCCCUUUCCGCUCAAACCUCUCCCCUGUGAACGAAGCAAGCCCUGACCUGGAGCACAGUGACCACUCAACCCCUCCUAAAACCCCAGAGGCACCCUUCUACACACAGCACCCCAGAUUCGCUGUCAGGCCAGCCUAUCGGCAUGUGCCAUCCCCUUACCCGCAACAACAAGGAGCCACUUUUGGUGGUACUACAAGGUUCUCCCCAAAGCCAUAUGCUGCUCAAGCCCCCACCUUCCCCCAGCAUGUGGCCCCACUCUACACAUUUACUCCAACAGCCCCAUCACCCAUUCCAGGGCCAGUCUCGCAUGCAGUGGCACCCACAACGCCUGUGCAAACUUCCUCUGUGCCUGAAGUGACAAUGACAGCUGCUGCUCAAAUUGCUCCUCCAGUCCCUGCUCCAGUUGCUCUUGUCACAAUCACUUCUGCUGCCACACAACCUACUCUGCGACUAGCCCCAGUAGUAAUACACCGCAAAAGUCCAAGUCCACGGUUUAAAGCUACCGAAGCUACACUAAAAGCACCCAAACCAAUGUUUGAUGUCUGUCAAAUUCGGGUAUAUACUGCAUCUAAGUCCCCCCUGCAUGAUUACACUGGAAAGACAUUUACUGCAGACACAUUACCUCGGAGUAGAACACCCACAUCAGACAUCAGAAGGGUAAUAACACCAACAGCUGAAAUCAGAAGGAGUGCAACACCGGCAUCUGAAGUGAAAAGCAAUUUAACUUCGACAUCAGAAAUCAAAAGGGUUGCAAUGUCUAAAAUGAAUUCAGGUACAACGCCGACAUCGGAAAUCAAAAGAAGUUUAACACCGACACCUGAACUCAAAAGGAGUGCAACACCUACAUCUGGGGUAAAAAGAGGUUUAACGUCCAGACCUGAAAUCCAAAGGAGUGCAACRCCUACAUCUGAAGUGAAAAGAGCUAAAACGCCAACUCAUGACUUUUUAACACCAAGAACUAAUUUAGGUCGACCUAAGACACCCUCAUAUCAUGUGUCCCGUGCCAAAACACCUGUUAUUGAAAUAUCAAGACCCAACCCACUUUUAUUUGCUGUCUCACCAAUUACUAUAGAUGCACAUAGAUCUAAAACACCAACACCUGGUUCUAAUUCUGCCAAUCCAUAUUUGUCUGGUUCUCAAAAUCUGCCAACGUCUGAGCCUUCAAAAUCACCAUCAACUAGUCAGGGUGCAAGAACUCUGAAUGGGGAAGUGACAUCAAAAGAGACUCCUACAGCUAAAUCACCUCCUGAAAACACUUCAAAACCAGAGGCUCCUCGACAAAAAGUUCCAAAAGUUGAGUCUACCAGACCAAAGACCCCUACAGCUUCAUUAGGCUAUCAAAGACCAAAGACCCCAACAAAUGUCACACCAACUCCUACAGCACCCUCAUAUCAAAGACCCAAGACUCUAACCAAAGAAACACUAAAGCCUACAGCACCCUCAUAUGGGUACCAAAGACCCAAUACUCCAACAAUUAUCACACCAAAGCCUACUGCACCCUCCUAUCAAAGACCCAAGACUCCAACAAAAAAAACACUAGAGCCUACAGAACCCUCAUAUGGGUACCAAAGACCCAAGACUCCAACCAAAGAAACAUCAAAAUCUACAGCACCCUCAGAUGGGUAUCAAAGGCCCAAGACUCCAACCAAUGAGACACCAAAGCCUACUGCACCCUCCUAUCAAAGACCCAAGACUCCAACAAAAAUAACACUAGAGCCUACAGAACCCUCAUAUGGGUACCAAAGAACCAAGACUCCAACCAAAGAAACAUCAAAAUCUACAGCACCCUCAGAUGGGUAUCAAAGGCCCAAGACUCCAACCAAUGAGACACCAAAGCCUACUGCACCAUCAUAUGGAUAUCAAAUGCCCAAGACACCCUCGAAUGAAGAGCCUAAACCUAUGACUCCAACAAUCGGGUAUCAAAGGUCAACAACACCAGUAGUUGGGUAUCAAAGACCACAACCACCAGCAGGUUAUCAAAGACCAAAGACUCCCACAGCUGGGGUAUCAUCCAUAGGAUUUCAAAGGCCCAAUACACCAACAUAUGUGGCCCCUAAACCAACCCAUACAUAUUAUGGGUUGACUCCUGCUGCAUAUGUUGCCCAUGGUGGAAUCCAACGUUUCUCACCUUCAUUCGGCAUAUCCAGGUCUAAGACGCCGACUCUAGAGGAAUCUAAAACCACAACGCAAGAGUUGGAAGCAUCUAAAAUACCUACCCAAGAGUUACUUCUAAAAACACAUCCUUUGCCCAUGGUGUCCAACCAGGAAGCAUCCUCCAAAGAAAAAAUCUCUUUAAAUGAGGCCAUAAUAUCCACGACUCCAGCAGUGAAGCUUCUGCUUCCAAUCAUUGUUGUUACACAAGCUGAAGAUGUCUCAGAACCAAGCGUUUUCACAGCUGUGACCAGCAAAAUGGCAACUCCUGUUCCAGAAACACCAAAGGUUAAAACUGUGGCCAACACAAGACCCUGGGCUAAAUCUCCAACACCUGAGGCUAAGAAACCAGAGGUUAAAACCCCAACUUAUGGAGUCAUCCCAAAACCCAAAACACCCACCACAGAAACCCAACACCCCGUGCCUUCUGCUGGAAACAAAGAUGCCAGCAAGACAAUACCUCCUGUCUCAAAAACAGAAUCUCCUGUGGCUAAAGCCAGGGUACAACAAAAAGAGUUAAACGAAUCACUAGAGCCUAAAACGCCCACCAAAGCAACCUCUGAGUCUAAACCAGGAGGGACAAAGCCGACUACUUCUUCUCCACUUGGAAAGACCUCAGCUCCUGAGAAGCCUUCGGUGGCUGUUCAGUCUCCGGCUAAACCAAAGGAUAACCAGGAAGCCCAACCUGAAAAGGCGGUAUCAGCUCCAACCGCAGCAUCAACAGAGAAGGAAGAGGGAAAAUACUCUUUCCCAGCAGCUGCACCUCUUCUUAAAGUGAUCCAAAAGCCAAAGGGCAUGAUGAAGUCUAAACUUAGUGGUUGGUCACGGCUCAAGAAGCAUAUGGUGGUGGAAGAAGAACCACCUACGUUCCCAGAAUCAAAUCCUAUGAAAGACACCGCAAAGGGAACUGAGCAGGAGGGAGGUGAAGCGAAAAAGGAUGAAACGGUGUCAUUUAAAGACAUGGUGGCAGCUGUAACAGCUGAGGAUCCUCCCAAGGCAGCUAAGAAGUGGGAUUCUCUUCUCUUUGAUAUGUUCUCCUCUAAAGAGAAGAUUAUGCAGGUGAUUGAAGCUAGCAAAAGUGAGGAGGAGAAAAAAGAGCAGCCAAAGGAUGCACCAAAAGAAAUUCCAUCCUUCGCCCAUCGUCUGCCUGUCCUCCUUUUCAGCCCAAAGUUUGAUGCCAAAAGGCUAAGAGAGGCUGCAUCAAGGCCACUUACAAAAAUUUCGACAGUGUUUGAGAUGGGUCUCAUAGGGCGUAAAAAUAAAGAUGAGGAACCAAAAGACUUUAACAGAACAGCUAGAGGGUUCACUUGUCCUUAAACCAUGUCUCUUUGGACUGGUAAAGAUGAAACAGAAGAACCUUUUGAAAAAUUCUGUUACAUUUCUUUGUGUACAGGUGUAGAAAUAGUAGUGAUAAUGUACAGGUCCUGUGUAAUAGUCUCUCUGCUUGACACAGGGUAGAAUAUUUAAGACGGUCUCUUAGAGAAUGUGGUCUGAACUUUAUACUUGAGCACUGAUUGUUCUGUUGUCUGACUACGUUACGGAUGUGUCUGAAUGUCUCUUUCUCUGACAGUAUGAAAAUAUUACCUUGAAAAUCAGAGCAGAAGGAAAAAUAUAUUUUUGUCUUAAAGGAAUUCAGACAUCUCGUGAGAUUAAAAUGUACAAAGAUUAAGUAAAUCUCAGAGCUUCUUUUUUGUCCACUGUUAAACCAUGAUAGGAGAAUGAAUUGCUUUUUCAGACCUCCUCACAUCUUUUUUUCAAAAGUGGUCCUGAGACUGUAGUGUAAUGUAUUUAGGUACACCACUUACUGAAAACUAGACUGUACAGUAUAUUGAUGCAGGAUUUGGUUAUCUGGAGAAAAUUGACUCCAGGGGAUUCAGAGUAAUGUAACCAAAUAAGGAUGAAAAAAGGAGGAGAGGAUGAAAGUAGAAGGAGUGUAUAUUUCUCCAAAUGGUGCUAUUUCCGUAGGUUUUUCAAAUACACCUUAGAUAUUCAGGCGCUUCUUAGAAGUUAGAAUGUUUGUUUACACUGCAUAUGCUAAUGCCAGCUUUGCCAUCUUCCUUUUUAGGAGUACAGGUCAGUGAGAGUGUUAUUUGAGAACUUGGGUUGCUAACUCCUGGGGGAUGAGGCAACUAUAUGAAGGAAGUGUUUUGACUGUUGGCAUGGAUGGAUGAGGGGUCAGGGGGAGGCCUUGUGGGAUAUGGAGGCAAGUGAUGAUAAAUGCGAAGAAAAAUGUAUACAGUAAGUACUUAGGGCAGAUUCCUAAUUUGAGAUCCACGAAUUUCCCAUUGACAUCAAUGCAGGAUUAACGUGAAAGUUAAAUUUAGCAUGUUUCACAGAGUUUUCAAAUAUGCAGCUUUCAAACGAGGGACCCAGAAGAGUCAAGAGCUGAGAGUGGCAUUUGACCUUAAGGUUCUCUAGGUUCGUCAGCUUGUUAUUGAUGCUUUACGUUUGUGUUUCAUGCAUGGACUAUAUAAAAAGAUUAAGAACAUUGUCUCCUAUUGACAGAGUGAUGUUCAACCGUUUUGCAAUCUGAUGUUUAUCUGUAUAAGUGUACAGUAAAUGUUAUUUUCUAUAUAUUUUUGAUAAAAGAGAAAAUAAAAAAAACUUGAAUAGGAAAAUGCUGAUUUUGGUUUAUGUUUGACAUAGAAAGUUCAUCUUGAACUACAGAAUGAAAUUGAGAAAAUGUAUUCUGUAGUGAAGAUAAUGGGCAGAGCAAGGUCAAGGGCAAAGCUAUUGCACUUUUGGUGUUUGAUAGAAGUAAUUAUUGAAUUGUAGCUGGUAUUGUGUUUGUAAUUGUUGGUUUUUAUCUGCAGGACCAGCAGAAUAAAAAUGUGUUUUUUGCCUAAGAAAA